AUGGGCAUUAAAGGGCUUCAUGGUCUUCUCAAAUCCAUCCAAAAACCAUGCCAUCUGAAGAAGUUCAGUGGUCAGACUCUCGGAGUCGAUGCUUAUGGUUGGCUCCAUCGCGGCACUGUCGCCUGUGCCGUGGAUCUGGUCCUAGAGCGACCUACUGCGAAACAUAUUGAGUUUGUCCUCAAUCGUGUUCGCAUGCUCCAGUACUUUGGAGUGACACCGUACCUGGUCUUCGAUGGCGACAAUCUACCCAGUAAAUCCGGUACGGAAGCUGAACGACACCAACGCCGCCAGCAAAGCAAGGCCCUUGGGUUGGAGCUGCAACGCAAGGGGAGAAUUACCGAGGCCUACCAGGAACUCCAGAAAGCUGUCGAUGUCACUCCUUCGAUGGCCCGCCAGCUGAUCGAGGAGCUGAAGAAGAUGGACGUGCAAUACGUGGUGGCUCCCUACGAGGCGGACGCGCAGCUGGUUUAUCUGGAACGACAGGGAAUUAUCCACGGCAUCAUCUCGGAAGACUCUGAUCUCCUCGUCUUCGGUGCCCGCAGGUUACUCUCUAAACUGGACCAACAUGGCGACUGCAUCGAGAUCAACCGUGCCGACUUCGCGGCCUGUCGUGAUGUGAGUCUUAUUGGCUGGACCGAUGCCGAUUUCCGACGUAUGUGUAUCCUCAGCGGUUGCGAUUAUCUACCCAACAUUCCGCGGCUAGGAUUGAAGACGGCGUAUCGAAGUAUUCGCAAAUACAAGAACGUGGAGAGAGCCUUGCGCAUGCUUCAAUUCGAGGGCCAGUACAAUGUCCCAGCCGAUUACCUGGAGAACUUCAAGCAGGCAGAGCUCACCUUCCUCUAUCAACGAGUGUUUUGCCCGACAGGCAACCGACUGGUUACUCUGACCCCGCCAGAUAGCGAUGUCCAGUUGGAGGAGCUUCCGUUCAUUGGCGGUGAUGUAGACCCCGAGACCGCUGCAGGGGUGGCACGGGGUGACCUGGAUCCGACGACAAAAGAGCCUUUGACUGUGAAGCCGUUGGCAGUGCGGAAUUCGGGAAUCACCAUCAAUCGCCGACAAACUCUGGGCUCAUCUGCGGACCUGAAGCCGAACAAGCCUAUCAGCUCCUUUUUCACACCGAAGCGGGUCCCCCUGGCCGAGUUGGAUCCAAACACCCUCACUCCCUCCCCCAGCCAGCAGCGACUCUUGCAGCGAUAUGCGAAUAAUUCGUGGGAGAGCAGCCCGGUGGAGUCCCAAGUGGGAGUGGUCCGAUCUGCUCCACCGAGCGGACCGAUGAACCGGCUUUCUGGUCCCGUCGUGCGGAGUGCCGAACGGAGUUCGCUCUUAGCUCACAACACCCGGAUUCCUUCCCUCCAAACGACCAAGCGGCAACGCCUUUGCUCCGAGACGGACGAAGCGACUCCUGGCCGCGGAGAAAGUCGCAGUCGGUUCUUCGGUGCUGGAAUGGAGGACUCUAGCCCGAGUGGGCUCAAAGUCAGCCGCAAUAAGAAGGUGCGCAAAUCUAAAUUGGAUGUCUUCUCGGACGAGAUUGCCGAGGAUAUUAUGACACAACUUCCCGAUCCUUCGCAGGACGAGGGUGAUUCAAGUUCGCCAACAUCUCUGCCAAACGAAGCUAAGGAUCAGGGUUCGCCGGCAGAGCCAUCUUCCGCGCCUUCUUCGGGGUAUGUACAGACUUCAGAGGAAAACUCCGAUAAGAGCCCUGGUGACACCACAGUCCUCUCUGGGGCGGCUGGUGUAGAGACCUCUGUGAGUCUGGACACAAACCCAGAGGCUUUUCACCAAGUGCUUGACCAUCAUAUUGCAAGACAAAAUUCUUCGCUGCUGUCCAAAUACGUGUUCAAGGGGUCCGAUGGUGCGUCUGCGUCCCAACCGGAGAGUGGCAUGGCGCCUGGACCAUCGGCGUGCCCUAAAUACAAGAAUGUAACGGCGUCGGCAACAAUUGGGCCGUCACGAAGUCCUCGGCGACAACGGCUUACGCCAUUACAACGGUUGGGACAAAAUGCCUUGGCACGAUCGCGCUCUUUCAACGCUCUGGCACCUUCUCCCCGAUCUGCUUUGGGAGCGGUCAGCACGUCCAAAGCCGUCAACAUCCCGACGACCCGACCGUCUGGGAUGGAACGUCUCACCUCGCAGGGAAGUGAGGACAUGAUAGUUCCCGCGAGUGACGAUGAGGAUACUGGAGAAGAAGUUGGAGCACAGCCUAGGCCUGCUGCACUGGAUCUGCAGCGGUUUGCUUUUGGGAAGUAA